AUGCAUUUAACGGAAGAACAGCGUCAACGGAUAGCUCGAAACAGAGCGGAAGCUCAGAGACGAAGAGCUGCAGCUUUAGCAAAAACUCAGCCUAGUGUUUCUGCGGGUUUCAACGGUUCGGAACCGAGCACGUCUUCUCGACCACUCCAAGUGACAGCUGUAAUAUCUGGUAAUCCAGGGCCUGUACAGUCAGCUUUGGUUCAGAAAUUGCUUAGUAAUAAAGCCCCUUCUGAUUUACCUCAUAGAACACCGGCACAGACUUUAGCAAACCCAAUUUCGAAUCGUCCAGUUCAUUUCACACCUUUUCACUCUGAUGUUGUGACGCUUUUAAAAGAUAUUCCGUCCGGGAGUUUCGAUUCAAAAAAACGAGAGUGGUUUUACCCUUUACGAGAUAUAAGGGCAGUGGAAAAUAAAUUGUAUAAGUUAGAUGCUGUCAAUGUUUCCUUAGAUUCGUUACCGCACAACAUUUGGCUGGAAAAUUUACACCAGAAUGCUUUCCAAAAGCAGCCAACUUUAGAAGGCGGUGUUGACGGAACGCUCUUGAACUCGUUGUUUCCGUAUCAGCGUAAAGGUGUAAUUUUUGGGAUUCAGAGGAGAGGACGUCUACUUUUGGCCGAUGAAAUGGGUUUAGGAAAGUCAAUUCAGGCUCUUGGCAUAGCUCGGUUUUUUAAGUCAGAUUGGCCUUUACUCAUAGUCUGUCCUUCUUCAGUAAAGUAUAUUUGGGUGGAGCAAAUAAAAAGAUUUCUUCCGUCUGUCAGUACCAUAUUAGUAAUAGAAAAAGGGAGUGAUCAACUGCCUUGUGAGAAGACGUCAAAGACGGUUGUCAUUAUGAGUUACGAUUUGAUGGUUGCGAAAAAGGAGCACUUGAUUGAAUAUUGCUUUCAAGCAAUAAUAUUUGAUGAAUCGCAUUUACUGAAAGAUGGAAUAGCACAACGAACAAAGGCAGCUACAGAAGUCCGGAAAGCUCUCCGCACAAUCCUCUUAACUGGAACUCCUGCACUUUCACGUCCUUCUGAGCUAUACAGCCAGUUGCGUAUCAUUGAUUCAAAGUUAUUUCCCAAUUUCCGAGACUUUGCUAUUCGUUAUUGUGAUGGGAAACAAGGCCGUUUCAGUUUUGAGGCGAAAGGGUGCACGAGAAGUGAGGAACUAGCUAUUAUACUACAAAACAACAUAAUGUUAAGACGGUUGAAAAAGGAUGUUUUGGGAGACUUACCGGAGAAGCGCCAAGAAGUGGUUUUACUCAGUGAUUCUUCUGUUCACACAAAUUUGGAUAAUUUAAGGAAGGCUAAAGCUGCUUACAAACAAGACAACGAAGCUCGACAUCAGUGUCUUGUGGAGUAUUACUAUGAAACAGGAAUUGCAAAGGCCAAUAGUGUUGCGAAGCAUGUUAUUAGUAAUUUUUUCUACGACGGAGCUCCUCGUCGAAAAGUACUUGUAUUCGCUCACCAUCAAGUUGUUUUGGACACACUUUCGAUGAGUGUGACGAAGAAGGGCUUGAGGUCGAUACGUAUAGACGGAACUACGUCGAGCAAACUGAGGGAUGAGCAGUGUCAGCUUUUUCAAAACAAUGAGGAUGUUAGGGUUGCUAUCCUUUCACUUACAGCGGCCGGUGUAGGCGUUACGCUAACCGCGGCGACGGUCGUUGUAUUUGCUGAACUACAUUGGAAUCCAGGGACAUUAAAGCAAGCUGAAGACCGAGCUCAUCGCGUGGGCCAAACAGACUCAGUUUUUGUUCAAUAUCUAAUUGCGAGAGGGACUGCUGAUGAUAUUAUGUGGCCUUUAAUUCAAAAAAAGUUGGAUAUACUUGGUUCUUGCAAGCUUUCGGCGGAUUCUUAUAGGGUAUGUUUUGUAUACUUGCUGAAACUUCUUCGUCUUGUAUUGCCUUACGUAAUUAUGUAUUUACACUUCUUGAUUUAG